AUGACGUCGACGCGUUGUUCUUUUUUUUGGGACUCGGUGGAAUCUGCAGCGUUGCAGUCUCAGGCACUUCGCACGCGUUGCUGCCAGUCCACUCGCCCAGCCCCCCCUGGGUUUGCUUUUCGAAAAUCAAAAGCGCCGAGCGCGCAGCAAGGGGCAAACCCGGACGUUCGUGCGAUGGCGCCUUCCAAGCGGAGGAAGACGGCCGCCGCGUCGCAGCCAGCAUCCGGAAACACGACCCAAGGUGUGCGAACCCGUCGUUCCGCGAGCGCACGGGGCGACGUGCCCGACGCCCCCGACGCAGAUCUGGACGCAGAGCCCGAGGUGCUCUUGUGCCCCAUCACGCGAACCAUGUACCGCGACCCGGUGAUGGUGUUUGACUCUGGGCACACGUACGAAAGGCACGCAAUUCUAUCGCACCUUGAGCGCAACGGGGCCAAGGACCCGCUCACGCGUCGCGCCCUGAGCAGCACGAAUGUGAUGACGAACUGGGCGGUGAGACAGAUUGUUCGGGAUUGGCUGGACAAGCACCCGGACGUGACGCCCGGCGGGUGGGACAGUCGCGAGCUUCUGGAGCCGUCGAAGGAUGACGGGACGCGAACAUUCGACGACGAGGGUGACGUCGGAGUGCUCCGGAUAUGGCGUGCGAUGUGCCCUGAACUGCAGGAUAUGUGGCCGGUGAACGAGCAACCGGAGCACUGGGAAGGGGUGACGAUGGAAAACGGCAGGGUGGUGCAGCUCGAGUUGAACGAGUUUGGCCUAACCGGAGCGGUGCCGGCUGAGGUUGGGCGUCUGACUGCGCUAAGGGAGUUGGUAGUUGGCGGUAAUGCGCUGACGAGCGUGCCCGCGGAGAUCGGGCUGCUCACGUCGCUGAGGGAGUUGUGGCUCAGCGGAAAUCGGCUGACGAGUGUGCCGGAGGAGAUCGGGCAGCUAACGGCGAUGACGGAGUUAUACCUCAACGCCAAUCAGCUGACGAGCUUGCCGGUGGAGAUCGGGCAGCUCAGGUCACUGGAGAUGUUGCAGCUCGGCGGCAAUCAGCUGACGAGCGUGCCGGCGGAGAUCAGGCAGCUCACGUCGCUGAAGUGUUUGGACCUCAACAACAAUCAGCUGACGAGUGUGCCGGCGGAGAUCGGGCAGCUCACGUCGCUGAUUAGUUUGCACCUCGGCAAAAAUCAGCUGACGAGCGUGCCGGCGGAGAUCGGGCAGCUAACGGCGAUGACGGAGUUAUACCUCAACGCCAAUCAGCUGACGAGCUUGCCGGCGGAGAUCUGGCAGCUCACGCCGCUGACAGAGUUGUACCUCUACGGCAAUCAGCUGACGAGCGUGCCGGCGGAGAUCGGGCAGCUCAGGUCGCUGACGGAAUUGAAUCUCUCCAGCAAUCAGCUAACAAACGUGCCGGCGGAGAUCGGGCAGCUCAGGUCGCGAAGGGAGUUUGGCCUCAGCGGCAAUCAGCUGACGAGCGUGCCGGCGGAGAUCGGGCAGCUCACGUCGCUGGAGGAGUUUGGCCUCAGCGGCAAUCAGCUGACGAGCGUGCCGGCGGAGAUCGGGCGGCUCACGUCGCUGGAGAGGUUGUGGCUUGAGGACAAUAAGCUGACGAGCGUGCCGGCGGAGAUCGGGCGGCUCAGGGCGCUGGAGUGGUUGUACCUCCACGGCAAUCAGCUGACGAGCGUGCCAGCGGAGGUCGGGCAGCUCACGUCGCUGGAGAAGUUGGACCUCCAACACAAUCAGCUGACGAGCGUACCGGUGGAGGUCGGGCAGCUCACGUCGCUGAUGAGCUUGAACCUCGGCAACAAUCGGCUGACGAGUGUGCCGGCGGAGAUCGGGCAGCUCACGUCGCUUUGGGAGUUGUGGCUCCACGACAACGAGCUGACGAGCGUACCGGCAGAGAUCUGGCAGCUCACAUCGCUGAGGGAGUUGAGCCUCGCCGUUAAUCAGCUGACGAGCGUGCCGGCUGAGAUCGGGCAGCUCACGUCGCUUAAGACUUUGGAGCUCGGCGGCAAUCAGCUGACGAGCGUGCCAGCUGAGAUUGGGCAGCUAACGUCGCUGGAGACUUUGGACCUCGACGACAACAAGCUGACGAGCGUGCCGGCGGACAUCCUGCAGCAGCUCACUUCGCUGGAGAGUUUGGAGCUCGGCGACAAUCAUCUGACGAGCUGGCCGGAGGAGAUCGGACAGCUGACAUCGCUGAAGGAGUUGACCCUCCGCGGUAAUAAGCUAACGACAAGCGUGCCAGCGGAGAUCGGGCAGCUCACAUCGCUGAAGACGUUGGAUCUCCGGUGUAAUCAGCUGACGAGCGUGCCGGCAGAGAUCGGGCAGCUCACUUCGCUGAGGUGGUUGUGGCUCAAUGACAAUCGGCUGACGAGUGUGCCGGCGGAGUUGGGGCAGCUCACGUCGCUGGAGGGGUUGUGGCUCAAAGGCAAUCAGCUGACAAUCGUGCCGGCUGAGAUACGCGAGCUCAAAGCGGCGGGCUGCCGCGUGGAUCUGGAUGACGGCGUGACGAUGGACGAAGGGGAUGACGCCAGAGCGCUCCGGACAUGGCGUGCGAUGUGCCCUGACCUGCAGGGGAUGUGGCCAGAGGACGAGCAACCGGAGGAUUGGUACCGGGUGACGAUGGAAAACGACGGCCGUGUGGUGCAGCUCGAGUUGGAAGUCUUUGGCCUGACCGGAGCGGUGCCAGCUGAGCUUGGGCGCCUGAGCGCCCUGAGGUGGUUGAGCCUCCACGGCAAUCAGGUGACAAGCCUGCCGGCGGAGAUCGGGCAGCUCACGUCGCUGGAGGUGUUGUACCUCACCGAAAAUCAGCUGACAAGCGUGCCAGCGGAGAUCGGGCAGCUCACAUCGCUGAGGGAGUUGUACCUCUACGAAAAUCAGCUGACGAGUGUGCCGGCGGAGAUCGGGCAGCUCACGGCGCUGGCGAGGUUGGAGCUCCGCGACAAUCAGCUGACGAGUCUGCCGGCGGAGAUCGGGCAGCUCGCGGCGCUGGAGAAGUUGAGCCUCGACAGCAAUCAGCUGACGAGCGUGCCGGCGGAGAUUGGGCAGCUCACGUCGCUGAAGACGUUGGGCCUCAGCGACAACAUGCUGACGAGCGUGCCGGCGGAUAUUGGGCAGCUCACCUCGCUGAAGGAGUUGCGCCUCGGCGGCAACCAGUUGACGAGCGUGCCGGAGGAGAUCGGGCAGCUCACGUCGCUGCAGGGGUUGUACCUCUGGCAAAAUCGGCUAACGAGCGUGCCAGCUGCGAUACGCGAGCUCAGAGCGGUGGGCUGCUAUGUGAAUCUGGAUGACGGCGUGACGGUGGACGAGUGA